UCGCUCACUCAGGAUGAUCUUUUCCAGAUCCCACUAUUCAAUGAAAACUUAAAUCAUUCCCACUGAAAUCAGGGACAAGACAAGGCUGUCUACUCUCUCCAUAUCUCUUCAACAUCUUUCUUGAAGUCCUUGGUAGAGCAAUAAGACAAUUGAAGCAGACCAAGGAGAUACAAAUUAGAAAGGAAGAAGUCAAAGUAUCACUGUUUGCAGAUGAUAUGAUAGUAUACCUGAGUGACCCCAAAAAUUCUACCAGGGAACUCCUACAGCUGAUUAACACCUUAAGUAAAGUGGCUGGAUACAAAAUUAACUUAAAAAAAUCAAUAGCCCUCCUGUAUACAAAAGACAAAAGGACUGAGAAAGAAAUUAGGGAAACAACACCCUUCACAAUAGCCACAAAGGACAUAAAGUACCUUGGUGUGAACCUAAACAAGCAAGUCAAAGACUUGUAUGAAAAAAAUUUCACUUCUCUGAAGAAAGAAUUAGAAGAAGAUAUGAGAAGAUGGAAAGCUCUCCCAUGCUCAUGGCUUGGCAGGAUUAACAUAGUAAAAAUGACCAUCUUACCAAAAACAAUCUACAGAUUCAAUGCCAUUCCCCUCAAAUUACCAACAGAAUUUUUUACAGACCUGGAAAGAAAAAUUGUCACCUUCAUAUGGAAUAACAAGCAACCUAGAAUUGCUAAAACAAUCCUCUACAGUAAAAGAUCUUCAGGAGGUAUCUCCAUCCCUGAUCUCAAGCUGUACUAUAAAGCAACAAUAUUAAAAACUGUAUGGUACUGGCAUAGAAACAGACUGGUGGAUCAAAGGAAUUGAUCAGACAUCUUAGCUGUAGGAAUGGUCAGCUCUAAAUUCAGUAUCAAGGCAGAUACUCAGAAGGAACAGAGUGAUAGAUUUCAACCAAUUCUUUCCUCUGGUUAUGCAUUAUGUACCUACAAACAUGUAUAAAGCAAGCAUGGAACACACACACAUGAAAGAGAAGUAAAAAGAAAAAAGGAAGAAGGAAAGAAGGAAAGAAGGAAAAAGAAUGAAACAAAGAAAAGAAAGCAAGCUCAAAGUAAGAGGAUUUUUUAUGUGCUCAUGUGUUGUGGGAUUCAAGCCAUCAUGGUAGACAAGACAUGGCAACAAGGAGUGGCCAUUAUUGUGGCAGCAGAAAUAUGAGGUGGCUUGCUCAUAUCUGUGCAGAUUUCACAAGUGCACAAGAUGGGGAGAGUGAAGCUGAAUUAUUAUUGCCUGAUGAGCUUGGGGAGAAACCAGGACGGGAAAAGAGGCAAUCGAACUUCACCUUGUGCAGUGUGUGUAACAUUCAGCUGAACUCAGCUGCGCAAGCACAAAUUCACUACCAUGGCAAAUCUCACCAGAAGAGACUGAAACAGCUCACCAGUGGAACACUGCAGAACAACAGUGAAAACAGGAGCCUCCCACAACCAACCCACCCCAACACAUCAUGUCUCAGCAGGGCUGAGCAAAUUUUCAUCCAGUGAAGCCAGACAAAGCAGCACCAUUAACAGGAAGUGGUUGAAAGAAUGUGACAAAGUCCAUGUCAUAAACAGCACCCGCUCAACUAGGAGACCCACAUGGAGAUCAAACUGCCCAUCAAUUACAUAUGUGUAUGGGCCUAGGUCCAGCCCAUGUGUGCUCUUUGGUUGGUUCUUCCAAUGGUCUCUGUAAGCCCCCAUCGGUCUAGGUUAGUUGAAUCUGUUGUUCUUCUUGUUGCUUUAUUGUUCCUCUGCAUGCUUCUAUCCUUCCCUCACUACUCUUCCACAGGACUCCUACAGCUCCACCUAAUGCUUGACUGUGAAUUUCAGUAAAUUCAUAUACUCUUGUUUUUAGAAAAAGUACUCCUUAAGAAAAGACUAAACACAGUCACAGCCACACACACCUGUAAUCCCAGCAUUCACAGAGGUAGAGGCAGGCAGAUUUCUGUGGGUUUGAAACCAGCCUAGGCUACAAAAUGAGUCCAGGACAGCUAAGACUACACAAAGAAACCAUGUUUUGAAAAACAAAACAAAAACCAAACACAAAGGAAGAAAGGAAAAGAAAGAAAGAAAGAAAGAAAGAAAGAAAGAAAGAAAGAAAAAGACUUUAGUCUUUGUUAAUCACAAUAAAAUUAAGAAAAUAUAACUUCAACAAAACCCCAUAAUAAUAUCAAAAACAAAGUUUCUUGUAGGAAAUAGAGGUAGGUGUCAGUUAGAUAAGCUGAGGUGUUCUACAAGUUUCCUUCUGGUGCUAAGUAGCUUUGUGUCUGAGAAACAUGAACUCACAUCUCACUCUGAGUAGUUUUCACCCAAGGGUGCUAACUGUGUGUGUAAAGUUGGCCAUCAUUUUCCCAC